AUGCGGGGCCGGGGGCUGCUCUGCAGCAUCGCCCUCUCGCUGCUGCUGCAGCCACCGCGCCCCGCGGCGCAGCUGCAGCCCGAGGUGGUGGUGCCGCACUGGGCAGCCCUGGGCGGCCCCGGCAGCCACAAGCAUCCACUCAGAGCUGAAGUUAUGGUAAAGGCAGAAGGCCAGGAGCUCGUUUUGGAACUGGAGAAAAAUAGAAACCUCUUUGCACCAGGCUACACCGAGACCCAUUACAGCCAGACUGGCCAAGCCCAGACCACCCCCCUGACCCACACGGACCACUGCUUCUACCACGGGGUCGUGCGGGGCCGGGAGCACUCCAGCGUCACGCUCAGCACGUGCCGAGGGCUGCGAGGACUUAUCGUACUGAGCAGCAAUUCCAGCUAUAUCUUGGAGCCAGCCCCCAACAGCUCAAACCAGCACUGGAUUUACAGGGUGGACAACCUGAGAUUGCAGAGAGGAGCCUGUGGCUACCAGGACACUGGGGAUGCAGCUGAAGACUGGCUCAGGGACUUCACAACUGGGAUGAAACCACCACACCAGAGGGUGAAACGGGACACUCUGCAGGCUACGAAGUACGUGGAGCUCCUGCUCGUGGCUGAUUAUGCAGAGUUUCAGAAGCAUCACUUCAGCAUUGAAGCAACAAGGCUUAAAUUAGUGGAGACUGCUAAUUACGUAGAUAAGUUUUACCGAUCCAUGAAUAUCCGGAUUGCCUUGGUGGGGCUGGAGAUCUGGAGUAACUGGAAUAAAUGUGAUGUAACUGAGAACCCCUACUCCACCCUGAAGUCCUUUCUGGCUUGGAGCAGCAAAGAGAGGGUGCACAGAAAACACGAUAAUGCCCAACUAAUCACGGGUGUGCCCUUCAAAGGUACCACAGUAGGCUUGGCUCCCGUGAUGGCCAUGUGCUCUGAUUUCCAGUCAGGAGGAGUAAACAUGGAUCACUCUGAUAAUGCCAUUGGUGUUGCUGCUACCCUUGCCCAUGAGAUGGGACACAAUUUUGGCAUGAAUCACGACUCAGCUGGCUGCUGUACUACCCCUGCAGCAGAUGGAGGCUGCAUCAUGGCUUCUGCAACUGGGCACCCAUUCCCCAAGGUGUUCAACCAGUGCAAUAGAAGAGAGCUGGAGAAUUAUCUGCAGUCUGGUGGAGGCAUGUGUCUCUCCAAUAUGCCAGAUACCAAGAAAAUGUAUGGUGGAAAAAAAUGUGGAAAUGGCUACUUGGAAGAUGGGGAGGAGUGUGACUGUGGAGAGGUGGAGGAGUGCAACAACCCCUGCUGCGAUGCCAGCACCUGCUCCCUGAAGCCAGGUGCUGAAUGUGCCCACGGCAACUGCUGCCAUCAGUGCAAGCUGAUGUCUCCAGGAACUCUCUGCAGGGAAGUGUCAGGACCCUGUGACCUCCCAGAAUACUGCACUGGCGAGUCACCGUUUUGCCCCCCCAACUCUUACCAGAUUGAUGGGGCUCCCUGUGACAGAGGAAGGGCCUAUUGCUACAGUGGCAUGUGCCUCACAUACAGGGACCAGUGUGUGCAGCUGUGGGGGCCAGGAGCGUGGCCAGCACCAGACGCCUGCUUUGAGAAGGUUAAUGCUGCUGGAGACAUCUAUGGGAACUGUGGGAAGGACAUCUAUGGGAACUACAGGAAGUGUGAGACCAGAGAUGCCAAAUGUGGGAAGAUCCAGUGCCAGAGCUAUGCUUCCAAGCCCGUGCAGUCCAAUGCAGUGGCCAUAGACACAACUGUCAACACGCAGAUGUGCCGAGGGACCCACGUGUACAGACCUGACAGUGAGGAAAAGGAGAUGCUGGAUCCUGGCUUGGUGUUGACGGGAACAAAAUGUGGGAGCCAUCAUGUUUGCUUUGAGGGUCGCUGCCAGAACACAUCCAUCAUCUUUGAUUUUGAAAGCUGUAGCAAGAAGUGCCAUGGGCAUGGAGUCUGCAAUAACAACAAGAACUGCCACUGCAACCAGGGGUGGGACCCCCCGUUUUGCAACAAGGAGGGGAGGGGAGGAAGCUUGGACAGUGGUCCCCCCUCGCCUGAAGGCUCUUCAGCAGUCGUGAUAACUCUUGCAAUCCUGGCUCCCAUUCUCCUUCUCAUUGGAAUCAUGUUUUUAUUCUAUUAUCUGAAAUGCUGGAAUAAAUUUGCCAUCUGUUCUCUAAAGAAGACACCACAGUUCAGUGACACCUCUGGAACUGGGCACGCAAACCCUGCCUUCAAGUUGAAAACCCCCCAGCAGCAGAGGAAGGUGAUCGGCUUCCCUGAAAUCCCACCAAAACCUCCUGCCCAGCAAGCUCCAGGGUUCCAAACAAGCAGGCAGCAGCCAUCUGCCUCCUCCUCCAGCUACAGCUGCGGCGCGGGCCCGGCACAGCCGGCACCUCCGAGGGACACGGCCCGGCGGACACCCCCAAGCAGGCCAGCACCUCCUGCUCCCAAACCCCCCAUCUCUCAGGAUAUUUCGAGGCCCCGGCCACCCCAAAGGGCUUUGCCAGCUGAUCCUGUCCCAUCCAGAUCCAGAGCCUGGCAGGGGAACAGCCCUGCUGUCCCACUGCCUCCUGCACACACCAGAACUCCGGGACGGCUCCAGCCUGGGGCAGAGAAUACUGGCGUCUGGAUGGCUGGAGCAGCGAACAGCUGGAAAGUGGGACAGCCAGGCUCCCGUGGGCACUCCUGAAGCAGUCUGUCCUGGCUGGCUCUGGCCUUCACAGGGUACUGGAUGGUCUUCAUCACCCAAAAACACGCUCCCUGCCACAGUGUCUCCGUUCCUCUCCUCUUGCCUCCCGUUUCCUCCGUGACUCACCAAGCUGCAGUCAGGUGUGGCAGGAGUGCCCCAGGUACAUGCCAAGCUGAGCUGGACCCUCUCUGCUGACAGCCUUUUCCGUGUAGGGAUGACUUGUUUGUACGGUAUUGAAACAUUGUUGUGCAAUAUCCAACGCAGGGAUGGGGUGAGGGGGGUUUCACGUGUUUUUAAUCAGUUAUUGAAGUGCUACCAGGGAGAACAAGCUGUGAGUGCAGGUGCUGGCCCUGAUGGGCUUUUAUGUGAGCCUCAGCCCUGUUGGCUUCCUCAGCCCCUCCACGCAGCUGCAGGAGCAUACGUUGGUGCUAUAAAGAACCCGCUGCCUCCUGGGAGAGCAGAAGGCAGCUGGUGGUAACUUUCUUCAGUUUAUUUUCAGUUUACAGUGUGUGGCAAGUGGGGCCACAACAGGGAGCAAACCAGGGAAAUAUAAUUUGUGGGCCACUGUGGGUUUUGACUGGCUUUAGUAGAGUGGAUUGAUUAUUUUCCCUAUAUAACCAUCUUCAGCAAGAGCGUUGCAACCUGUCUGUCCUCCAGCACUCGCUUGUCUUCCCUCGGUGCUGUAAAACCUGAAAGCAUCCCCAGCAUGGCCCCUGAGCUCUCAUCCAUGUCAGUAGGACACACUUAAGGUACGACAGGGAGACUGGCCAAGAGACAGAACAAAAGGCCAGAAGGAAGCUCAGCAAAGGGCAGUGCUGAGACCUCCUCUCCAGCAUGCGGUACCGCGAUCAACAGACACUUUUGCACAUCUCAGACUUCAGUCUGUGCUGAGCAGUAACUCAGCA